GCAGCCUCUGUCAUUCCCGAGAGGACUGCUUGUUGUCAAAAUGGAGUUCUUACUCGGAAAUCCUUACAGCACUCCCGUGGGCCAGUGUAUAGAGAGAGCAACGGAUGGAGGCCUGCAGAAUGAGGACUGGACCCUCAACAUGGAGAUCUGCGAUAUCAUUAAUGAGACAGACGAGGGGCCGAAAGACGCGAUGCGAGCUCUGAAGAAGAGACUGAGCGGCAACAAGAACUUCAGAGAAGUGAUGUUGGCGCUAACGGUUUUAGAGACAUGUGUGAAGAACUGUGGUCACAGAUUUCACGUCCAGGUGGCCACCAGAGAUUUUAUCGACGGUGUUCUGGUCAAAAUCAUCUCCCCAAAAAGCAAUCCUCCUACUAUCGUGCAAGACAAAGUGCUGUCACUCAUCCAGGCCUGGGCCGAUGCCUUCAGGAGCACCCCUGAUCUAACUGGAGUGGUCCAUAUUUAUGAGGAAAUGAAGAGAAAAGGCAUCGAGUUCCCAAUGGCAGACCUGGACGCAUUGUCUCCCAUUCACACGCCACAGAGGGGUACGCCAGAAGUGGAUCCAGCUAUGAUCAAAUAUCUGGCUCCUGCUUCACCCGCCACAAGGACAUCUCAACCCGCCUCACCUGCUCUGUCUGGCACACAGGCGCCUGCUGCGCCAAGUCCCAUCACAGCAAUGCCCGAGCAGAUUGCACGGCUGCGGAGUGAGCUGGACGUAGUGAGGGGAAACAUCAAAGUCAUGUCAGAGAUGUUAACUGAGAUGGUCCCUGGACAGGAGGAUGCCUCCGACUUAGAGCUGCUGCAGGAGCUGAACAGAACUUGCCGCGCUAUGCAGCAGAGAGUGGUCGAGCUGAUUUCACGCGUGUCUAACGAAGAAGUGACGGAGGAGCUCCUGCACGUCAACGAUGACCUCAACAACAUUUUCCUACGAUACGAGAGGUAUGAGAGGUACAGGUCCGGUAGAGCUGCACAGAACAACGGGAUGCUAACUGAAGCCAAUGAGGACAAUCUGAUAGACCUUGGCCCAGGCUCCCCCGCUGUGGUCACACCCAGGAUCACAUCCAGUCCUCCACCCAGCUCCUCUGCAGGGGCCACAGCUUCCCCGGCCCACAAUGCACCUGCUGCCUCAUUAUCCUCUGCACUGUCUGGUCUCGAUGUUGGUUCAGACAGUGUCAGCGGCACCCUGACGUCUCUAUCAGGACGCAACCAGGACGACUUUGACAUGUUUGCCCAGACCAGGAGCAGUUCUCUGGCUGAGCAGCGAAAAAAUGUAAAAUAUGAAGACCCCCAGGCUCUGGGCGGCCUGGCCUCCGCUUUGGAUGUUCGGCAACAGAACGCAGGAGGGCUGAGGGUAAAAGGGGAUGAUAACCCAGCAGAUCAGGAGCUGCCCAUAGACAGCUGGCUUAUUACCCAAGGAAUGAUCCCUGUAUCGCAGUCCUCUGUCAUGGAUGACAUAGAGGAGUGGCUCUGUGCUGACGUGAAAGGGGACGGUGCUGAGGAAGGUGUUACCAGUGAAGAGUUUGAUAAGUUCCUGGAGGAGAGAGCUAAGGCAGCAGACACUCUGCCAUCUCCCCCUGAUGCAAACCCCUCACACCCGGCUCGUGCCCCCAGCGGCUCCCAGAAGAAGGCUGAACGGACGGAGGACGCCCUCUUUGCCUUGUAGACUGUUCAGAAAACAUGGGCGUCUUCAGGACGAUGCCCCGAACGCUGCCCUGGCCCCCAGCUGUCCUUCAACUCCCAUUUCAUUGCUGACUGGCAGUGGUGUAGCAAGUGCUCUCCACCUUCUUCGUCUCUUGCCACAGUGUAAAUCUAACCGUUAAGAGGUCCAACAUGUUUACGGCGCACUACUGUGCUGCGUUUCGCUUUAUAUGGAUGUAUUAAUCUGUUAAUGUGGGAUGUAUUACUCUCAGUCCAGUAUUUGUAAUACUCCACCAAAGGAACACAACUUGUCGCUUGUGUUUUUGAAAAUGUCGUCCGUCGCUGCGAGAUCGAUGAGAAAUAUCUCUGCAGGUCUAUGCAUUGAGUCAGUAUAGAAACACAAAUUGGAUUAUAUUGUGUUAUUUUACUACAUUCUGCUAAUUGCUUAUUUAUGCAUUUUUGUUUUAAUGAUUUGUUCUGUACUAUGUACUAGCGCUGAUGUAUUGGCCACGUCUUUCUUUUUUUUUUUUUUUAAUUCCUACAAAUAUUCCAGUUAAGAGUUGUAGCGAUGCUUUUAAUACUGAGGUAUGUGUGGAAUGACAACACCUAUCAGUACUCAUUGUUGCAAAUGCACUGAAAAUAUAAGACUCUUGUUAGGAGGCUAAUGUUGCUAACUAGGAACAUAAUCAAAUCAUAGCUCUUAACCAUGUAUGCCAGCAUUUCUCUACGCAAAGGGAAUAGUGAAAAAAUGCUAAAUAUUCAUAGUUAGGGUUAACUCAAAUGUAUUUAAAUGGCUAAGGGGAAGGAACAUGCCUAUUCAUGAUUUCCCAGUUUUUUUCAAUCCUGCUAUACACUACAAGUUCCACAUGCCUGUGACAACAGGCUUGGAACACUUUUAGUCAUUCCAAAGAAUGUAAAGGCUUUAAUGACCAACUAGUACUUAAUUGUACGUCAAACAGUAAUGUCCUUCAUGUACUAUAAAUGUUAUGGGAUCAAAACCAUUUUCCUCCCCCCUGGUGUAUUUAAUGUCUGUGCACUUUGAAGCAAAAACAAAUCUGUAUUUUGUCCUUUGUGUUUACAAGAUGGUCACUAUUUUUCUAGGGAAAGGGGAAUUGAGUAGUCUUCAGGACGACUUCGUUUUGCACAUAACUUUUCUAAAUAGUUGCGGCUCUUGCUUGCGUAGAAGUGGAUGGACUUGUCUAACUUAUGAUUUCAAGAAAUACAAAAGAUGUUAAAAAUUGCAUUGAAAACAGGAUUUAAUCAUAGCACACAUCAUAAACGACUAAAUCGUACAGCCGACAAUAACGCGCAGUUGUAAAAGAAGUAUUCACAUAAGCAAAUGUUCACACAGUAGUAUUUAAUCUAUGUACCUCAAAUUACUGCAACUUCUGCACCUGGUUACCAAUGUAGUGACUCAUAAUAUUUGAGAGUAGAGAGAAUUACGUAAUAUUUAAUCCCUUGUAUUUUUUUUAUAGUUCCUGUGAAAAGAAAAGAAAAACAAAACAAGUUUGCACCCUUCAUUGAUCUUCACAGGUAAAGCUCAAGCAUGCAACACAAAAAUCCUCCCCUUGAUUUCAGCUAUCAAAAGACAUAUUUUCACACUGCAGUGUUUCAUCUGCCGUGUUGGAGCUGCCGCCAAGCAUUUCUGUCAUUGACUGGGUGGACACAGUAGCUCCUGACUGGAGUUUGAGAUAAUGUUGCACUUGGAAUCGAAAAUAGAAAACCAUGUCUUCAUUUCAGUUCAUUUUGCACUACACUUAAGACUGUUUUCUCUCCAUUCAUUAGAGACCAAAAGCGUUGUUAAUCAGAUAAAGCUAAAACCCAUUAAAGUCUCUUUUCCAGAUGUAGAAGCUUCAUUGUUCAUCCAUCAAUAUUGAAUAAUUGAAUAAUUCUUUUUGAGUCUUUAUAGGGAUUCCAUUGGAAGGGAAUACUCUUAAUUUGUUAUACUAUUUAACAAAUGCAUUUAACUUUUUUUGUCAACAUGUGCUUGACUACAUUUUAGUUGAAAACAUUAGCAAUGAUGAGCUUUAAUGUUAUAUGGUAACACAAUGGUAUUGGUAUGGCUGCCAGGUGAUUGCGAUCUUCAUCAAUUCUGGACAUGCAAACUGAACAAAGACUAGAAAAUGUAACGGGAGAUCCUGAUUGUGUGUGGAGUAUCUUUGGAUUUGUAAGUGUACUCUGUUACUUGCUUUUAUGACGCUCAAGUCCUGAUUGCAACAUGUAUUCCUCGAAGUGGUUACUGAAUGUCUUUAAUACUGAUGAGAAAAAAAGGUUUUUUGGUUUUGUGUGGACAUGGAAAACAGACCUGUUUUCUAUGUCUGCUUGGCUGUACCGUCUGUUGCCAUUACUAAUGGUCAGAUUUAUAUUUGACCAAUGCACGUGUGUAACUGCCCAAUAAAAUACGAGUGUAGCAAUGAG